AUUCGUCUCAUGCAUAAGAAUUUUAGUUUAUUUUUCUAACCUGAAAAAAUGAACGAAAGUAAUAAAGAUAACAGAAAAAUAAUAAAAAAGUCAGAGUUAAGAGCUUCAGAGGAGCACAAAAAAUUAGCAGCGUUUAUAAAAAAUAUUCAUCUACAGCUUCGUAUUGAUUGUGAAAAACAUGGAGCGAAUGAAGCAUGGGAAAUACACACUUUGCAAGAAGAAAAAUUAAAGAAUUAUGCUGAAUCAAUGUAUCAAUUAGCUACACAACAUUGGGCAAUAAAACCAAAAGAAAUGGAUCCUAUUUCUUACUGUAGAAUAGAAUGGAUUAAAAAUCAAUGCAAACAUUAUUUUACAGAAAGAGGUAUGAAAAAAUUUGAUGAAAAAGAAAAGCAUUUAAUGCGUAAUUUUGUUCAAGAAUUAGAAGAUUUGGAAUCAGUGCAGAUUAAAACAAUAAUAGAACCAAAAAUAUGUGUUUUAGAUGUUGGUAGUUGUUAUAAUCCUUUUAGGCAUGACGAUUUGUUUUCUGUUACUGCUAUUGAUAUAGCUCCAUAUUCAAAAGAUGUGAUAAAAUGUGAUUUUUUAAAUUUAAAAAUAGAUAACCAAACAGUGUAUUCAGAAGAUAGAGGGAUGUUAUAUGAAAUGCAAAAAGAGUCCUUUGAUGCUGUUAUUUUUUCAUUAUUUUUAGAAUAUAUUCCAUGCCCAAAGCAGAGAUUUUCAUGCUGUGAAAAAGCAUAUCAGUUGCUCAAAAGUAAAGGAAUAUUAUUAAUUGUUACUCCUGAUUCUAAACAUGCAGGAGCAAAUACUAAAAUUGUAAAUACAUCAUGGAAAAUAAUUUUAGCUCAAUUAGGUUUCAUGAGAAUAAGUUAUGAAAAAUUACAACAUGUCCAUUGUAUGGCAUUUAGGAAAUGUUUUUAUAAAGAAUCAGCUUUAAAAUGCAUUAAUUGGAACAAAAUUCCUGAUGAUAAAGAAUUAUUUUUCUCAUCUCGAAUUUUCAUUCCACAAGAUUUUCAAAAUAAGAAAGAUCAAAACAUAGAUUAUACUGAAAAGACUGUCAAAUAUAGUAUUGAUGAAAUAAUAAGUUUAUUUAAUGAACUACCAAGUGAACUGUAAAAUAACAGUUAAAACUUAAUGAAUUUUUUAAUUAAAGUGUGUAUGGAUUGGUUACAAACAAUACUGUUUUUAUAUUUU